CUAGAUUCAUUUCAGAAGUUUGCCUUUGAUCUGCGCGUGGGUUGCCGUGGUUGAAGAGGAUAUUUAGCAUUAUUGUUAGCUGCAUUUUCUGUGGAAAUACACAUUUUCUAACCCACGACCAGUGACAAACAUGUUUACUGUGUGUGUUGCCAUGAGUCGAAAUGUUUCGGCUGCAAAGAAUUCUGUCAUGACUAUGGUGGUAGGGCGGUGUGUUCAGACAGCAGCUGCUCCAAUUACUGAGCCCAGAAUCAAGAAGUUCCAGAUUUACCGCUGGGACCCCGACACUGCUGGAGACAAACCACGAAUGCAGACUUAUGAUAUUGAUCUAAACACCUGCGGUCCAAUGGUUCUGGAUGCACUUAUAAAGAUCAAGAACGAGAUUGACCCCACACUCACAUUCAGACGCUCUUGUCGUGAGGGUAUUUGUGGCUCAUGUGCGAUGAACAUCAAUGGAGGAAACACACUGGCAUGCCUUAACAAAAUUGAUACAAACACAAGCAAAACAACCAAAAUUUACCCGCUCCCUCACAUGUAUGUGGUUAAAGAUCUGGUGCCCGAUAUGAGUAACUUCUAUGCACAAUACAAAUCCAUUGAGCCUUAUCUGAAAAAGAAGGAUGAAGCUCAGGAAGGGAAGGAGCAGUAUUUUCAGUCAGUGGAGGAUCGGCAAAAACUGGAUGGCCUGUAUGAGUGUAUUCUCUGUGCAUGCUGCAGCACCAGCUGCCCCAGCUACUGGUGGAAUGGAGACAAAUACCUGGGACCUGCUGUUCUAAUGCAGGCAUAUCGAUGGAUGAUUGAUUCCCGUGAUGAGUUCACUGAAGAACGUCUGUCUAAACUUCAGGACCCCUUCUCUUUGUACCGCUGCCACACUAUUAUGAACUGCACCAAGACAUGUCCCAAGGGACUUAACCCAGGAAAAGCAAUUGCAGAGAUCAAGAAGAUGAUGGCGACCUACAAAGAGAGGAAAGCAGCAGCUUCAUGAACAUCAUUAAAUCCAUGAUCCUCAAAGAAGGAAGAGAACAGCACCUGAUGUGUUUUGCAUGAGUGUUUGGAUGUGUGCAAUGUGAUUAUGUAAGAAGAAAAAAGAAGCAGGAAAGUCUGCAUGGAAACUGAAGUAACACAUUCUCAAGCAAAUAAUUUUGACCAACAGAACAUGUUGGACCACAUCUCUGUAUAUGUGUGCAUAGGAUCUGUCAUAAUUAUUCAUUCAUACUGUAAAUAUUGUUUUUUUUGUUGUUGAUUAAAGGUGUACGGUGCUCAUUGUGAAA